CGCAGCUGCAAGGAAACGAGUAAAAGUCCUUUCCGGGAAAACGUCAAACUUGGCAGCCUGGCGUAUACGUGCCACCAGCGGCUUCUCAUCCCUCUCUAGGUUCCGGAUCGCUGACACAGAGAAAGGGAGAAAUGGGCGUAGCAGUAGGCAUGGAUGCGCUGAGUGAGAGAGCGGCGAUGAUGAGAGAGUCAGUGCAGAAGAGCCAGACCAUCAGCGACAGCAUCGUCUCCAUUCUCGGCUCCUUCGACCACCGUCUCUCUGCCCUCGAAACUGCCAUGCGUCCCACUCAGAUUAGAACGCAUUCUAUUCGAAGAGCUCAUGAGAAUAUUGACAAGACUUUGAAGGCUGCCGAGGUUAUAUUGGCUCAAUUCGACCUUUAUCGUCAGGCAGAGGGUAAAGUACUCAGAGGGCCACAGGAGGACCUAGAAAGUUACUUGGAAUCUAUUGAUCAGCUAAGAAGCAAUAUUCGUUUUUUUAGCAGCAACAAAAGCUUCAAGAGUAAUGAUGGGGUGGUCAACCAUGCAAAUAAUUUACUUGCCAAGGCAAUUUCUAAGCUAGAAGAGGAGUUUAAGCAACUCUUAUCAUCUUACAGCAAACCUGUGGAGCCUGACCGUCUCUUUGAUGGUCUCCCCAACUCACUGCGACCCUCCUCAGGAUCUCCAGGAAACCAGGCUGACUCUAGCAUUAAGGCUCUGUCCAACAAUCAUUCUGAGCACCAGAACAGUAACUUAGAAACUGCUGUUUAUACACCUCCAACUCUUAUACCACCUAGGGUUCUGCCAUUGCUGCAUGAUUUAGCCCAACAAAUGGUUCAAGCGGGGCACCAACAGCAGUUACUGAAGAUUUACAGGGACACCCGUUCUUCAGUUUUUGAAGAAAGCCUCCGCAAAUUGGGUGUGGAAAAGCUUAGCAAAGAUGAUGUUCAGAAGAUGCAAUGGGAGGUUUUGGAGGCUAAGAUUGGGAAUUGGAUUCAUUUCAUGCGGAUUGCUGUUAAACUAUUGUUUGCUGGGGAACGAAAAGUUUGUGAUAAAAUAUUUCAAGGCUUUGAUUCACUCAGUGAUCAAUGUUUUGCUGAAGUUACUGCAAGUAGCGUUUCGGUGCUACUUAGUUUUGGUGAGGCUAUUGCUAGAAGCAAGAGAUCCCCAGAAAAAUUAUUUGUGCUUCUAGACAUGUAUGAGAUAAUGCGGGAACUUCACUCAGAGAUAGAAACAAUUUUCAAGGGCAAAGCUUGCACUGAAAUUAGAGAAUCUGCAUUGGGUUUAACAAAGCGGCUGGCCCAGACUGCUCAAGAAACCUUUGGUGAUUUUGAAGAAGCAGUUGAAAAAGAUGCAACAAAAACUGCUGUGUCUGAUGGAACUGUUCAUCCUUUGACAAGCUAUGUGAUCAACUAUGUGAAGUUUCUUUUUGACUAUCAAUCAACACUGAAGCAACUCUUUCAAGAAUUCGAAAACGAAAAAGGAACAACUUCUCAGUUAGCAUCAGUAACAAUGCGAAUAAUGCAGGCUCUUCAAACCAAUUUGGAUGGGAAAUCUAAGCAGUAUAAAGAUCCUGCUUUGACUCACUUAUUUCUUAUGAACAAUAUUCACUACAUGGUCCGAUCUGUGCGUAGGUCUGAAGCCAAAGAUUUAUUAGGGGAUGAUUGGGUGCAAAGACAUCGAAGGAUUGUGCAGCAGCAUGCAAAUCAGUACAAGAGGAAUGCCUGGGCAAAGGUAUUCUCUGACCCAAUUGAAUGAAAUCAGUAGAGGAGU